AGCGCCGGGCAGCGCGGCGGGCGCGCUCAGUCUGGCGGCGGCGGCCGUGCGCGAUCGGACGUGCCCGGAGCCCCGCAGCCGCCCUGCCGCCCUGCCACCCGCGGCCGCCCCGCCGCGCGAGCCGCGCCGCCCGCCAUGGUGUCGUGGAUCAUCUCCAGACUCGUGGUGCUUAUAUUUGGCACCCUUUACCCUGCAUAUUAUUCCUACAAGGCUGUGAAAUCGAAGGACAUUAAAGAAUAUGUCAAAUGGAUGAUGUACUGGAUUAUAUUUGCACUUUUCACCACAGCAGAGACCUUCACUGACAUCUUCCUUUGUUGGUUUCCAUUCUAUUAUGAACUAAAAAUAGCAUUUGUAGCCUGGCUGCUGUCUCCCUACACAAAAGGCUCCAGCCUCCUAUACAGGAAGUUCGUACACCCCACGCUGUCUUCAAAAGAAAAGGAAAUCGACGAUUGCCUGGUCCAAGCAAAAGACCGAAGUUAUGAUGCCCUUGUGCACUUUGGGAAGCGGGGCUUGAACGUGGCGGCCACAGCAGCGGUCAUGGCUGCCUCCAAGGUGGCUCGACUCUUUCAUUUUGUCUUCUCUUGGGACCUCAGCGAAGGGCAGGGACAGGGUGCCUUAUCAGAGAGACUCCGGAGCUUCAGUAUGCAGGACCUCACCACCAUCAGGGGAGACGGCACCCCUGCUCCCUCCGGCCCCCCACCACCGGGGUCUGGGCGGGCCAGCGGGAAACACGGCCAGCCUAAGAUGUCCCGGAGUGCUUCUGAAAGCGCUAGCAGUUCAGUGUGCACCUGCUGUUCCACCUGCAGGACCAGGAAAGUGGUUGAGGGAGAUGUGAAUGAGGGUGGUGUGAAGGCAUGGGAGCCCCACCGGGUCCAAAACCCAUUGGCCUUUUCUGAUGAGGAGGAGGAAGACCUGCUGGAUUUCAUGUACAAGUAUAAGGCAACUGGAAAGACGGAGUUCCCCCUGGAGGCACCGCCUAGAAUCCUUCGAUCUCGCUUCAGGAAGAAAAGUACCUCAUCCUCAGCCACUGAAACCACGUGAAUGAGAUGAGCCAACAGCACCAGAUACACAGAAUGUUUCUUCUCUGCCUUAAAGAGCUAUCACUUACUAAAAACAUAGACAUCUGCAAGCUGGUGUGCUUAGAGUGUGCAGCCUCAGUCAUGGCCUUUUCUCUCCCCUCUUCCACUUUUAGGAUACUGUUUUUUCCUUUUCUUUAUUUUGCUGGGGAGAGACUAAAGGGGAGGUAGUGUGUGUGAGGGGGUGUGACCCUUAAGUCUUCUGAGGUUAGUGAUUUUCCACAAUUGGAUUGUCAUUAGACAGCAGUGUUUUUAGGAUAUAAGAGAAUCACCCCCCCCCCCCGGCCGAGAUGUACAUUUGUAAUUUAUUUGUUGCAUACUUCAUUUUUAGUCCUGUAAAUGAAAACAACACAAUUUUUAAAAACCUUUUUUGUUUUUUUUUUUUUUUGGUACUAAUACUUUGGACUAUAUUGUACAUAUUUAUGGCUUUGGCUUCAUAUAAUGGACUUGCAAGGGCUGCCAGAGGUUCUGAUAAUGUAACCAAACUGCAAAAACAAGUGUAAAAAAUGUUUUGAUUCUAAAGAAUGUCUUAGAUUGUGCUUAGGAAGCUUCCCAAUACAGCUCCAGUACAAUGUCCCUUUCCCUGCAGGACAAAGGUCCACAUCCUUCAGACGGUUGUUUAGUCAGUGCGCCAGCGAGCUGCAGGAGAGAGAGAGAAAACGCUCAGUGACAGGGAUGAGCGUGACGAGGGCAGGGACACAGCCCCGAGUAAGAGAAGAGUCACAGGAAGCUUGUCUUCCCCUUGAACUCAGGUUGAGGGGCUUCUGAAUCCUUUCAGGGGGGUUACCAUCUGCCUUGGGCAGGUGGCUCACCCUUGGUAAAACCUCUGCGGAUGUGGACUCACAGAGCUGUUUGUAAGGAGUCGUUUAAAUGUUUCAAAAGUUCUUGACCAAUGACUAUUUCUCCUUCAUUAGUAACCUGCACUGUGACUAAUCUCCCCAGGCAGAGGGGUUUACAAUCUGAGCACCUUCUUCUAAAGAACACUAAGCAAAAUCAGCCAAUCAACCAAACCAGGACAAAACCUAGAACUACGCUUUCAGAUAUGCUGUAAAAUACAGCUGACACCUGUGUAACAUCAAAAGGCUGCGUUCUAGAAGGUUUUAGAGGUUGAGAUCUUCAUGGAUACAACUUGCUGCUCAGCUCCUGGGGCAGCUGCGGCUCCCACCCUUCCGUUCCCUUUCUGCCUUGUGCAGGCAGGAAGUCGCAUGGGGGGAAGUCGCACGCUCUUGGACACCCCAAGUCUUAAUGGGCAUUUCAUACAAGCCCAGAUCACUAGUAGGAGAAUGAAGCACUAUCCGCCUAGAUUGAGAAUUUUGUUACAAGAAAAUCUGGAUUAAAUAGCAUUUUGGACCGAGGUAGCUGCUCUCCCCUUGGGGUGCUGAGCCUAAACGUAGGACUGUACAUUUGUGCUUAGAGUUGGGUGUUUUCUUUCAGUGUAAUGCAUGCAGUGGUUACAACCAGUUAUUUAUAAAACUCGGACUGUGUUUGUUCAUAGAUGUGCCCUGAAGAUUAGAGAAUUAGUGUCACGUACCACUCCAAACUCAUUGUCAACCAGCUGUAAACAGGCCCAGCUGAAGGCCUUUCCCGUCAUUACUGAGCUGCGUGGUGGCACAUCGGCGCUCUUUGCUGACAGCACAUCAGCUGGACCUCAGCCACCUCAGAAAGGGUUCUACUUGAAGUUGUUACCAGAUAUGCUAUUUCCACCCCUUCUUAAUUACUCUGAAGGUGGCUUUGUAAUUUUCAAAAGGAUUUAGGACAAUAAACCUAAAAGCAAAUUUGUGAUUCAGACAAAUAGAAGCUGUCUGCUCACUGUCUGCGCCUCACACCCACUAAUACUUGAACCUGUUUAGGGAAGACAAAAUCUGUUUUAAGCUUACAGAAUAGUUUCAGACAGAGGAAAAAUACAUGUAUUUGAACUUAUCUGUUAGUUGGGAGUACCCAGGAUUAUCAGAAACAAGUGCAUAAAAAGCUUAUAAGUUAAGCAGCUUUAUUGCAACUUUGUUUGCCAAAAUAAUAAAUGCCUGUAGCUGUAACAGAGAUUAAAAUUCUAUUGUGAACAAGCUAGAUUUUCACUAUUUCUCAAUGGAAACUUUUAACAAGUACAGACUAUCAAGUUUGCACUCAACUAUGCCAAAAACAAGUUUGAAGCACUCUACUCUCACAUGCUGUAUUACUUCUCGUCCAAGAUUUAGAAAACAUAAAGGUAUCCAAACUGCUGUCUUAAUGUAAAUGUAACUAUUUUUCCUUCAAGUGUUGUUUAGGGAGUCAGUUUCUCCCUUAAAAACACUAUACAACUGAGAACAGCCGUCAUGUUUCUGGCAAAACAUCGUUUACUUAUCCAACAUGCUGUUGUAUUUGUGUAUGGACUGACACAAAAUGUGAAUGCCUCAAAGUGUACACGUAGUGGCGUGGUGUUCUGUCUAGAGGAUAAACUGUUUUUAAUUUGCUGACACACAGACACAGGCUGCUUACAAAAGGUUAGCGCGAAGUCUGUCUUUUCCACGUAGUGACUUUUCAGGUACCUGCCGUCGCACAGCGAUCUGUCUCUGAGGGGAGGCAUGGUGCUGUGCUUGUGCACUGGAGAGCUGUCAUAGCCCCUGCUGGCUUUGUGUGAGUACCCUGCUCGCUUUGUUCGCCUCUGAUGUGUGUUCUCUGCGGUAAACUGUCUGUGUGUUUGUGAUAGCAGUGCUUGUCCACCAUGACCACCACCGAGUACCUGCCUAGUUCCUCACCUUGCACAGUAUUUGAAAUGGUAAAGGAUGUGCUUUGUUCCCAAACAGCUGACAUGCUGGACUGUGAUGUGCAUAUCUCCCCUAGUUUAGCUCUGUAGACCCUAUAGAAUGAUCUGUAAUAAAACAACAUAUUGGACUGUGCGCCCAGGGGUGUAAUAUCAUGAUUCCAAAGGUUGAAGUUCUGCUGUUUUGUUAUAAUGCUUGAUAUAUAUCUUGAAUAAAGUCUUAACAUUUUUCUUUUAAAAAA